AUGUCUAUUGUGAGAACGUGUCCCGGAUUGUACUGCGGUAGAACAGAGUUAGAGGAUGGUUCAUGGAGUGAAUGCGGUGCUUGUCCCCGAGGCUUUCGUACAAAUACCACCAGCUAUUGCGUAGAAUGUUCUGAUGAGCCUACUCUAUAUGAUUGGCAGUAUCUUGGCUUCAUGGUUCUCUUGCCACUUGUGUUACACUGGUUUUUUAUAGAUAUGGUAGCAGCUGGAAAUCGUAAAGGCACAGUAGCUAGUCAACAUAUUUGUGCAUUCAUAGAAGUGGCAUCAGGUACACUAGCAGCAUUAUUAGUGCUGCCUCCAUCUGGUUCAAUUGCAUUACAUGUGUGCACUCCUAAAGCAUUAUCAGAUUGGUACACUCUACUACAUAAUCCUCAGCCUGAUUAUAAAGAAACUUUACAUUGUACACAAGAAGCUGUAUAUCCAUUAUAUACUAUAGUACUACUAAUAUAUGCAUUUAGUUUACUGAUGACUGUGACAUUGAGACCAUUUUUAUUGGUGUGGCAUAAGGCAAAUCCUGGAAGGAAAGCUAUAUAUUGUGCACUAUAUUUUUAUCCAAUUCUUGUUUUGACACACACUGUUGCUGCAGGAUUAAUAUAUUGUGCAUUUCCUUAUAUAAUAAUCAUUGUAUCAAUGAUGACAUCAGCAUCCCAUUUCUCUACAAAGAUUGAACAAUCUGCUCCAGCCCUACUUAUAUCUUCUGUCACAAACAUCAGGAACCUAACAAUACUGUUAGGACAUUGGUUAGUUCAUGCGUAUGGAAUUAUUUCUUUAACUGGUUUUAAAGAGCUGUGGUAUUUAACUUUAGUGCCUGCCCCUGCAUUGUUUUACAUACUCACAGCACAAUUCACAGAUCCUAUGAAGAUUCACAUUGAA